CAAACGGGAGAUAUCAAGAAUGAAAGAGAAAAACCCAAUUUCUCAUACGAGACAGCGUGCUGAAGAAGAAACAAAACGAAGUCAGUGUUCAGUCGCCAGAAGUUAAACCCGAAGUCUGCACUGUAAUCAUGGCGUCUGAACGUUAUAGUUUCUCACUUACCACAUUCAGUCCUUCGGGAAAGCUGGUUCAAAUUGAAUAUGCGCUGGCAGCCGUUGCUUCAGGUGCUCCCUCUGUUGGAAUAAAAGCGGCCAAUGGUGUUGUUCUUGCAACAGAGAACAAACACAAGUCAAUCCUCUAUGAAGAACAUAGUGUGAACAAAGUGGAGAUGAUAACCAAUCAUAUUGGAAUGGUCUAUAGUGGCAUGGGACCUGACUACCGUCUUCUAGUGAAGCGAGCAAGAAAGAUGGCACAACAAUAUCAGCUGAUGUACAAUGAGCCAAUUCCUACUGCUCAACUUGUUCAGCGUAUUGCCAUGGUUAUGCAAGAGUAUACUCAAUCUGGAGGUGUAAGGCCAUUCGGAGUGUCUCUUCUUAUUGCAGGGUGGGACAAUGAUAGACCAUACUUGUUUCAAUGUGAUCCAUCUGGUGCUUACUUUGCUUGGAAAGCAACAGCCAUGGGCAAAAAUUUUAUCAAUGGAAAAACAUUCCUUGAGAAAAGGUACAGUGAAGAUUUAGAAUUGGAUGAUGCUGUUCACACAGCAAUUCUUACUCUGAAAGAGAGCUUUGAGGGUCAGAUUACUGCAGACAACAUUGAAGUUGGCAUCUGUGAUGCUAAUGGCUUCAAGAGGUUGGACCCAGCAACUGUGAAGGAUUAUCUUGCUAACAUCCCUUAAGUACAAAGACUUUUUUAUUACCCUUAAUUGGUUAUGUAUUCUUUCAUAAAAUCAUAAAUAAAAUUAACAUUUCUUUGAGAUAAAA